AUGCCGCUCCUUCCAGCGGAGAUCUUUUGGUUUGGCGCCGUCGAGUGCUACUUUGUCUCCUUCGUCUUUAGAUUGUGCUCUGAGGCGGAGAUCUUUCGGUUUGGCACCGUCGAGUGCUACUUUGUCUCCUUUGUCUCUAGAUUGUGCUCUGAGGCGGAAAUCUUUUGGUUUGGCACCGUCGAGUGCUACUUUGUCUCCUUCUUCGGUUUUAGAUUGUGCUCUGAGGCGGAGAUCUUUCGGUUUGGCACCGUCGAGUGCUACUUUGUCUCCUUCGUCUUUAGAUUGUGCUCUGAGGCGGAGAUCUUGUGGGUUGGCUCCAUUGUGUGUCGCUGUUACCUGCGCAACUGCGUGCUUUACAAGUACGUCCUAUCGGCAGGCAUCGUUUACAACAACCUCGGUGGCAACUUCGCCCGCUGCGACACGACCAUCCCGUUUGCCGACAUCGUCUACUACGAGGUUGCUCACGCCAGUACCCUCCCAAAGUAUGCCGUCGAUGUCACUAAUAUGUACGUUCUCAAGAUGUGCGAGCGCGCCCUUUACGAGUACAUCUUCAACGACGUCACCUUCUUCCAAUGA